AUGGCCACCUCGAAUGGGGGCCCUUGUUCUUCAUCUCCACAGCCUGACUACGACGUCCUGAUUGUCGGCGCCGGAUUCGCAGGCAUUUUCCUCCUUCAUCAACUGCGAAACCUCGGCUACCGUUGCAAGAUAUACGAAGCCGGAACUGACAUUGGUGGUGUCUGGCACUGGAACACUUACCCAGGAGCUCGAGUUGACUCCGAAUGCGCAAUCUACCAGCUCUCCAUACCCGAAGUGUGGAGGGACUGGAAAUGGUCUCAGCUGUAUCCCGAUCGCCACGAGAUACAGUCUUACUUCAGACACAUUGACCAAGUCCUGAACGUCAAAAAGGACGUCGAGUUCAGAACACGCGUCAUCGGCGCCCAGUUCGACAAAGAGCAUUCCCAGCAGUGGAAGGUCGAGACAGAUGAUGGGCGUAUCACGACUUGCCGGUUUCUGCUGCUUUGCGCAGGACUCGCCAGUAAACGCUACACUCCAGACUUCCCUGGUUUAGAGUCAUUCCGCGGAGAAAUCCACCACUCUUCCUUCUGGCCAAAGGAGGGAGUCGACGCGCACGGGAAACGAGUCGCUGUUAUUGGGACGGGUUCAUCUGGUGUUCAGAUCAUCCAGGCAUGGGGCAAGGAAGCCGCUUCCCUUACCGUGUUCCAGCGAACACCUAACUUGGCCCUGCCCAUGGCCCAGAAAACAUUUACAGAGGAAGACCACGCUCAUAAUGAAUCACUCUAUCCACAGAUCUUCCAGGAUAGGGAAACGACGUUUAGCGGAUACAUGAUGAACCCCAUACCCAAAAAGACCUUCGAUGUAUCUCCUGAGGAACGAGAGGCGAUUUUCGAGUCCCUCUGGCAGGAAGGUGGAUUUGCCCCGAUCCUGGCUGGAUUCAUGGAUAACCUACUGGACUGGGACGCCAACCGCGCCCUAUACGACUUCUGGGCUCGAAAGACCCGCGCUAGGAUCCAGGACGAACGAUUGAAAGAUAUUCUUGCUCCGCUGAAACAAAUGCAUGCAUUCGGAGCGAAGCGAUGUUCGCUUGAACUUGACUACUAUGAACAGUUCAACAAGCCGAAUGUGACGCUGGUCAACCUCCGAGAAUGCAGCAUUACAGCUAUCGAGCCCGAUGGGAUUCGAACUAGCGAUGGCUCCUUCCACCCCGUGGAUGUAAUCGCCUUGGCCACCGGAUUCGAUGGAAUCACAGGAAGCAUGACCAACAUUGAGGGCCUGCGCAAUACAGAUGGCGUCCCGCUAGCGAACGAAUGGAAAGACGGCGCGAAGACACAUCUAGGCAUGACUAUAAAAGGGUAUCCUAAUAUGUUCUUCACCUUAGGCGCACAUGCACCGUCAGGAUUUAGUAAUGGGCCAACAUCAAUAGAGAUUCAGGGUCGUUGGAUUGUGGAUGCCAUCCGGAAGAUUGAUUCGAGUGGGCUUUCGUAUAUAGAACCGACGGCCGAAGCAGAGGCGGCGUGGAAGGCACAAGUCAAUAUGAUCACGGACAUGACCUUGUUAGGACAAGCUGAUUCGUGGUAUAUGGGAGCCAAUAUUCCCGGAAAGAAACGAGAGAUGUUGAAUUAUGCAGGUGGAUUGCCCUUGUAUGAGCAACAAUGCCGGAAAGCCUUGGAGAGUUGGGAGGGGUUUAUCACAGUGUAG